AUGAAUGCUAAUGCUUUAAACUCGGUGAUCAAUCGGUUGCUUGAAGCUAGAGAAAAACCAGGAAAGAUUCCAAAUCUCUUAGAACUCCAAGCUCCUGUCAAAAUCUGCGGGGACAUUCAUGGACAAUACUCGGAUCUUUUGAGACUAUUCGAAUACGGAGGAUACCCUCCUCGCUCAAACUACUUGUUUCUUGGAGAUUACUUCGAUCGGGGAAAGCAAAGUAUCGAAACGAUUUGUCUCUUACUUGCUUACAAGAUCAAGUACCCUAAAAACUUCUUCCUUCUUAGAGGAAACCACGAAUGUGCAUAA